AUGGAUAAUAUGAUGAAGAAACAGAAUAGAGUAAAGUAUGGCGAACAGAAGAAGCCUGAGCGUCGCCGGGAGAGGACUAAGGGCGAUACGCUAGUUGCCAAAGCGAACGCCAAAGUGGACAGACGAAUUUGGAAGCAGAUUUCCAACCUGGUCCAGCACCGUUCGGAGCAGCAGCACCACACUUCGGAACGGACGCUGCGAGCCAUCGGACGGGUCGGACAGGCAGUCAACCUCGCAGUGGAACGGUUCGUGACGGUAGGCGAGACAAUCGCGGAUGACAAUCCAGAAAUCAAGCAGGACAUGUACGAUGCCUGCAAGGAGGCACGAGCAGCUGGCUCAUCGAUAGAACGUUUAUGUGAUAUAGCGGCAACGGACCCGGUGGGCUACUCGCCCCGGCCUAAUCCGAUUGACGACAGAGGACCGAUGAUACGGGCCGCCCGGACCCUGCUGAGCUCGGUGACGCGGGUUCUGCUGCUGGCCGAUAUCGUGGUCGUAAAACAGUUAUUAUUAGCCAAAGACAGAGUAGCUAGGACUUUAGGUAGAUUAGAAUCAGUGGCCAAUUUUACAGAAUUCGUGAAAGCUUUCUCAGUAUUCGGCGCUGAGAUGGUGGAACUGGCACAUGUGACAGGUAACCGGCAAAACGAUCUGAAAGAUGAACGACGGAGAGCGCAGAUGUCCUCUGCACGACAGGUGCUGGAACGUUCCACAAUGAUGCUGCUAACGUCAUCUAAGACAUGCAUGAGGCAUCCGGAGUGUGCUCACUCCAAGGAAAACCGCGAUACCGUGUUCUGCCAAAUGCGGCGCGCGAUGGACCUGAUUCACUACGUGGUGAAGGACGGAAUCCUAGAGACGGCCAGUGAACGUAACGCAUUGCGACAGGUACCCGAAUGGGACUCGGAACGUGCAACGGCCUUCACCUGUUUGCGCCACUUUUCCCGUCUGAUCGAGAUGUCUCGGCCCGACUACGAUCGGCGCAGUGCCGGCAGCAAAACUAGCUCUUCCAUGACAUCGGCCGUGGGGCCACCGAGCGGUGCACCCAAGGACUGCGUUUCACCCACGUCCCUGCGCGACAAGGAAACCGGCAUUGAGUACCGGCGAGAGCUGACGCGACGGAACAGCGAACGCGAACGGGACAGAAAUUCCAUUGGUCAUUCCAGAGAGUAUAGUACUAGGGAACGGGAGUUUCCCAAAUAUGACAAUAAAGCUGAUUUAGGGAUCUCAAUAUUUUCCACUGACACCCGGGAGCAGUUGCUAGCGGCACUAGAUAAGGUUUGCGAAAAGACUCAGGACUUUACCGAUUCGGCUUACACAAGCCAUGAUCACCGGGAGAACAUACUGCUCCUGUGCGAUCGGGCCAAACUCGAGCUGAACCAGUUGAUGCGGAUCGCGGUCAGUAUGGAGCAAUAUCCGAACUCCACCUUCGACAUCGAAAGUGUCAUCGAAAGUGUGCUGAAUGCGGCUCACGAUCUUACAACGCAACUAACGCUGACGGCCCAAGACCAGUCGGCGGAGCUGUCGCACAUCAUCAAGUCCGGCAUCGAUAUUGCCAAUUCGCUCAGGAACAUUGCCUUAAAUCAGGAGAUCGAUCGGCUACAGGAGUGCGCUGAUCGGUUUCACGAGCAUAUCGAUCACGUACUAGAGGUGUGCAAGCUGCUGCGGCAAAUAGCACUGACGGAGACACUGCAGGUGCAAGCCAAAUUCACCGAAAUCAAUGUACGCAUUUACGGUCCACAAGUCAUUACGGCGGCCCGGGCUCUGAUGUCGCACCCACAGAGCAAAAUUGCCAAAGAGAAUCUCGAGGUAUUCGUCGAUAUGUGGCAGUGGCUAUCCACGGAUGUAACCGCCAUCACCAAGGAGGUCAUCGAUCUUGCGCAAACAUCGACCAAAGCCGACAAAACCACCGAAUAUCUAAGUCUUCCGAGACCUGGGAAACACGGAACCACAUCGAAACCUUUGAAGCCGACACGGUUGGACUCGGAGGAGCAGGAAAAAAUUGCCAAAACCGGACUCGAGAUGAAGAUGGUAACGAACGAGAUGGAUGCCGAGACGGACAAAUGGAACGGUGCAUCCGAGGAGAACAACGACAUCGUUAAGAGGGCGAAGAACAUGUCAGCAAUGGCCUUCUCUAUGUAUCAAUUCACCAAAGGCGAGGGUACACUUCGUACCACGCAGGACUUAUUCACUCAGGCCGAGUACUUUGCCGAAGAGGCAAAUCGACUGUAUAAGGUCGUUCGACAGUUUUCCUAUCAGGUGCCAGCCGGUGCACCGAAGAAAGAGCUGCUGGACCAUCUGGACAAGGUGCCAACGUACGUGCAAACGCUACAGUUCCUGGUGAAAGACCCGGCCGUCGGCAAGGAUGCCACCUUCGUCAAGGUUGACCACGUCAUCCAGGAGACGAAAAAUCUAAUGAAUGUGAUAUCGAAGGUGGUAUCCACCUCGUUCGACUGCGCCAACAAGAUCUACGAACUGACCGGGAUACCGUUCGACAACCGGCUGAUAAACGUGCCGUCCAUGGUCGCCCCCAUGGAACCGAUCUUGAGCAGAAAGUCCUCCAAUAGCAAGGUAACAACCGCACCAGUACGGAGAAGCUCGGCAGCCAACUCAUCACUAGCAUCUGUUGCACCCCGGCACCGAAGGCAGAAACUUUUGCUGUCCAAGUAUCGCUAG